UCCGGUCACAUUCACUGACAUUGACCUAAGUUAACAGAUAAAUCCAUGCCGAUGAGACACACUAUCUUCUCAUCUUUCUUCUUCUAUAGACCAGUCUUCCCUUGAACAACAUACCUAACGAAAAUGCAAAUUCCGGGCUCAGAUAUACGACCUAAUCCCACCGAACCGACUCCGGUAGUUGAAGUCGAGACCGUGAAGUGCACCCCAUGUGGGUUCACCGAGGAAUGCACUCCUGCAUAUAUUCAAAAAGUCCGCGAAAGCAUAAUCUUUUGCUGCAGGUACCAGGGGAAGUGGCUGUGUGGGCUCUGCAUCGAGGCAGUGAAGGAUGAGGCAUUGAGAUCAGAAGAGCUCAUCACCGUCAAAGAAGCUCUCGACAGGCACAUAGCCUUUUGCCAAAGAUUCAGGAAGUUCAUCCCCGAUGAAGACUCAAAGUGCCCCAUGCCGAUCACAGGGAGCUUACCCUGUUGGAGCUUGGAUUCUCCCCCUACUCUACUAUCGAACUCGGUCACAUCCUUGCACAGGACACAAGGACUGCCGGCCCGCCCCGUCCCGGCCUCACCUUUGGCUCGGUCUGAUAGUUGCUUCUCUUUUAUUUCUAGUUAAGUCCUAGCCUGAAACUGGUGAAACAUGGCAGCCGUGUUUAAGUCAUGUGUGCAGUUGUAAAAAGUGAUUGUAUCUGAUGUAUAUGUGGAAAAUUUUCAAAUUCCCUUCACUUAUGAUAGUUUAGUUUUGUUGAUGAUGGCGGUGGGAAUGUAUUAUGUAUACUUCUAUCUACUUUUAUCUAUAUCAAUUCGGGCUCCUGCGACGAAAUUACUCA